UGACCCCUGACAGCCGCUCAUGGAUCCGCUCCCUCCCUUCACAAACACGGAAGCAGCAUGGCGUCCAACAGCAGCGGCGGCGGCAGCUCCGACAGGCAGCGAAUUGCACAGCAGAGACUGAGCAGAAUUGCCGGGCAUCUACAGAGACCGGCGGACGGUAGCUCGGCCAUCGUCGCCGCGGAGUGCAAAGCCCAGGGGAGCCGGGCAGAUGUCCCCGGCGAGGAGAAGACCGUGCCGAGGAGGAGGCAGGAGGUCAUGAAAUGGAACGGCUGGGGCUACAGCGAUUCAAGAUUCUUCUUCAAUAAGAAAGGCCAAGCAGAAUUUACUGGCAAAAGGUAUCGACUGAGCGGUUUAAUCAUCCCGGGUCUCAAAGAUUGGUUCGAAGGCACGUUUGGCGCCAGUCUGCAGCAUAAAACUCCAGCGACACCCAUUCUGAAUAGCAGCGCUGUACAGCCUCCCAAUCUAAAUGAGGCCUUCGUGGAGGAAGUGAAAUCUGCAGGUAUUCCCUUCUCUCACGACGCAGAAGACCGGGUGUUUCGUGCUCAUGGCCACUGCUUACAUGAGAUCUUCGCUUUGAGAGAGGGGAAAUUUGGUCGUGUUCCAGAUCUGGUGGUAUGGCCAAACUGUCACAAUGAUGUAGUGAAAAUUGUGGAGCUGGCGUGCAAACACAACGUUUGUUUGAUACCAUAUGGAGGAGGGACUAGCGUCUCCAGCGCCCUCGAGUGCCCCCCGGAGGAAACUCGCUCCAUUGUCUCUUUGGAUACCUCACAGAUGAACCGCAUUCUGUGGAUUGACGAGAAAAACUUAACUGCCCAUGUGGAAGCUGGCAUCGUCGGUCAGGAUCUGGAGAGAUUGCUUAAUGAGAGCGGCUACUGUACGGGGCAUGAGCCUGACUCCAUGGAGUUCAGCUCCCUGGGGGGCUGGGUAGCAACCAGGGCAUCAGGCAUGAAGAAGAACAUCUAUGGCAACAUUGAGGACCUGGUUGUCCAUGUGAGGAUGGUUACCCCACAAGGUGUGAUUGAAAAGGGUUGUCAGGGGCCACGCAUGUCCACGGGGCCCGACGUUCACCACUUCAUCAUGGGCUCCGAAGGAACCCUGGGUGUGGUUACUGAGGUAACGAUGAAGAUUCGUCCAAUGCCAGAGUAUCAGAAAUACGGCUCUGUGGUGUUCCCUAACUUUGAGCAGGGAGUCGCCUGCCUUCGAGAGGUUGCCAAACAGAGAUGUGCUCCGGCAUCUAUACGACUCAUGGACAAUGAACAGUUUAAAUUUGGUCAUGCCCUGAAGCCUCAAGUAUCUUCAAUUUUCACAUCCUUUUUGGACGGGUUGAAGAAAUUUUACAUCACCAAGUUCAAAGGGUUUGACCCCAACCGCCUGUGUGUGGCCACCCUGCUGUUCGAGGGAGAUCGUGAGAAGGUCCUGCAGCACGAGAAGCAAGUUUAUGACAUCGCUGCAAAAUUUGGGGGUCUGGCAGCUGGAGAGGACAAUGGGCAGAGGGGCUACAUGUUGACCUUCGUCAUCGCUUACCUCCGGGACUUGGGGAUGGACUACUAUGUGAUCGGAGAGUCCUUUGAAACCUCUGUGCCUUGGGACAGGGUGUUGGACAUUUGCCGGAAUGUAAAGGCACGCAUCAUUCGAGAGUGCAAAGAUAAAGGAGUUCAGUUUUCACCAUUAUCCACAUGCAGGGUGACUCAGACGUAUGACGCCGGUGCCUGUGUCUACUUUUACUUUGCCUUCAACUACAGAGGACUCAGUGAUCCAGUACAUGUAUAUGAACAAGUGGAGCAUGCAGCUAGAGAAGAGAUCCUUGCCAAUGGAGGGAGCUUGUCACAUCACCAUGGAGUGGGGAAACUUCGGAAGGAGUGGAUGAGAGAGACCGUCUCCAAAGUCGGCAUGGGGAUGCUCAAGUCUGUCAAGGACUACGUGGACCCAAAUAACAUCUUCGGCAACAGGAACCUCCUCUAAUUUCCCCGCCGCUGUCCAUCUUUAUCUGACCUUUUUUUUUUUUUUUUUUCUAAAAGCAUCCCGUGCAUUUUGGAAUAAUAGAUACUAAAUGUGAAUUUAAAAUGGACAGAGAGCUUCUCCAUCAAAAGUGUCAUUUGGUGCCAUUUAAUGAUUCACCCCGAACCUUUUUCUUUGACUUUGUAUUGCACUUAAUCUGCUGUAACAAUCACUCACGUCGAAGCUCAUUUUUACUGUUGACUCGUGGCCUCAGCCUCACCACGAUGCUACUUGACAUGAUGCAACAAAACCUUGAUUGUUUUUUUUCGUUUUGUCACAUUUGCUUUUGUUUAGCUGCUUCCUAAACACCCUUGCCAACACUGAAGCGACAAUUUGUUUUCACGUUCCUCUUGUGUUUGUGUGUGUGGCACUUCUUUAGCGGUAAGUUCUAGAUGAAUGCGCUUUCUAAAGCUCUGUGCCUUUCUGAAGCUUUUGUCUGCCUUCCCUUCUCCUACUACACUCUUGUGUACCUUUGUGAAGCAAAACGGACUCGGACAUGAUGAUUUUCAGCGUCUCCUGUUCGUCUUUUCAUGCCCUCCUGCCUUCUGUUGUACUGACCUAUUGCCAUAAGAGACAGAUUUCUAAAAAUAUAAAUGUGUGUGUGUGUGUUCUACUAAACCCCCGUUCUGCUCCACUAAAUUUUACACCGACCCUUAGAAGUACAGUGUGAUUACUAAGAGAGAUAUUCCAUGUGUGUUUUUGUACUGAAAGCGUUUACCUUAACAUGGUUUGUUACUGAGAAAGUGAAGUAGGGGGGAAAAAAAGCCAUUUCGAUCAUGCCUGUUUCAGUGUGACCACGUUUGCAAUUUAAGGCCUCUGGAUCCCGGUGCUCACGUUGUACCAAAGACUCAAUUCAUCAGAUCACAGAGACAUACUUCAGCACGUUUGACAUCAUAACCACCACACUCAUGAACUUUAAUUAGCAUAUGCAAAGUUAAUCAUUUUGAGAGUUCUCAAAUGUAGAUAUUUGUGACUGUUACAUGUGCUAAAACAUUCUAUUCAACCCAAUUACACCCUGUUGAAGACAUUUAUUCCGCUACGUAAUUGUAAAAUUUCCCCCAAAGUUCCUCAUCUCCUUGAAUAGUUUAGGUAUAUCUGUAUUGUGUAAAAGAUUUUUGGAACGGAUACUUUAAUGUGUUCCAUUUUGAUACUGGAUUUGACCCAUUUAGCCACUCAUUUUGGAGUUUAAAUAUUCUUUUUUUUUUUUUUCUUCCUUUGCUUCACCAGGACCACUAUGUCCUUUUAAUUCAAAAGUAUUCCCCUUCCAAAUAAAAGGACUCAUUUGGGACCUUACAAUUCCCCCCCAUGUGUCAAAAAUGUGCGAGAGCUUUUGAAUGUUAUGGCUGUAUCCUUUUUUUUUUUUUUUGGGUCAAUUUUCCACUUCUAACAACAUAGUAACAUCUGAGUACAUUUUGUCAAUGCUGUUUGUGCAAUAAAUUGAACUAUAACAUCCCA